CCUCUUCCUCUGAACCACACUUACACGGACACCCAUAGUUUUUUAACACACACACAAGUUGCUGAAGUCUUCUCCUAUUUUUCUUUGUUGUGAGUGUCUUGCUCAAUCUGGACCUGUCAAAGCUUACUGGAAUGAAGUUAAAUACACAGAAUUGCUGAACAGCACAUGGUAGAGCAUAUCAUUCUCCCAGCAUGGAGGUAUUACUGAAAGACAGUGCUUUUGGAGUUUAAACCUGAGGGAGAUUUGUGGGGGAGAAAAGGUGAAACUUAGGGCUCUGAGGAAGAGAUAUCAGGAGGUGGGGGAGGUGAAGGAAGCGACCCCUCACACUCUUGCAUGCUGGAGACAGAGAUUGCUCGAGUUUGUUGAAGGAGUCUUUAUCUGGACUUCUCCUGAUGGAUCCUAGGAGAACCUUUUUCCCAAGGAUUCUCACAGAAUACAGUGGCUUAACAACAAACCCUCACAGUGAACACUGAGGACCUGAAAUUAGUAUGGAGGCACUGAGAGAAUCUUUUCUCCUUUUAACCUUCCAGAUGUCAUCCUACAAGCGAGCUACCUCAGACGAAGAGGAGCUGAUAGACACCACCCCUGACAUAUCGUAUCAGUCUCCAACCAUGCAGGUGCUGGAGCAUAGACUGCGGUCCAGGUGUUGGUCUGAGCGAAGCCAUGUGGAGAAGAAGCUCCUUGUUGUGGUGUGUGGUCUCUCGCUGGCAUUAUUCAUAUGCAUCCUGACACUGGGUCUGCAUUAUAGUGAGACACACCCAGGGCUGUGUCUGACUGAACCAUGUGUGACUGUAGCAGCAGCUGUAAUAGGAGCUCUGGACCGCUCAGUGGACCCAUGUAAUGACUUUUACAGCUAUGCAUGUGGUGGAUGGAUGAAGAGAAAUCCACUACCGGAAGGCAAAUCACGAUGGGAUACCUUCAGUAAUCUCUGGGAGCACAACAUGGCAGUCAUGAAGAAUUUACUAGAAAGCACAGGUCAGCAGGGCUUGAGUCAGGCUCAAGAGAAGGCCCUGAAAUACUACAAAGCCUGCAUGAACGAAGCCAAGAUUGAGGAUCUGGGAGCCCGUCCCUUACAGGAGCUCAUCAACCAGACAGGAGGUUGGGCCUUGACUGGUGCCUGGGACAAGAAUAACUUCCAGGAGGUUUUGCGCACCGUGUCAGCUAGCUACCGCACCUCACCUUUCUUCACUGUGUUUAUCAGCACAGAUUCUAAGAACUCCAACAGCAACAUCAUCCAGGUUGAUCAGUCUGGACUGGGCUUGCCAUCUCGGGAGUACUAUCUCAACAAGACCACCAAUGAGAAGUAUCUCAACGCAUAUCUGAACUUCCUGGUAGAGCUGGGAGUCCUGCUGGGUGGCUCAGAGGAAACAUCUCACACUUUGAUGCAGGAGAUUGUAGAUUUUGAAACCACUCUGGCCAACAUUACGGUUCCUCAGGAGGAGAGAAGGGAUGAAGAGCUCAUCUACCAUAAGAUUCAAGCUAAAGAUUUAGCAACACUGGCUCCUGCAGUGGACUGGAUGCCUUUUCUCAAAGCAGUGUUUUCUCCAGUUGCUCUUAAUGAAUCAGAGCCUGUGGUGCUCUAUGCUACUGACUACCUCCAGAAAGUUUCACAGCUUAUUAGCAAAACCAACAAGAGCACGCUGAAUAACUACAUGAUCAUGAAAGUGGUGAGGAAGAUGGUCUCCAUAUUGGACCAGAAGUUCCAGGAUGCUGAACAGCGUUUUCUUGAAGUCAUGUAUGGUGCCAAGAAGAGCUGCACUCCUCGCUGGAAACUGUGCGUCAGUGACACAGACAGUGCGUUAGGCUUUGCCCUGGGGGCUCUAUUUGUCAAAGCCACGUUCGCUGAGGACAGCAAGGCCUUUGCUGAAAACAUGGUCUCGGAAAUCAAAUGGGCUUUUGAGGACAGUUUGAAACAUGUGAGUUGGAUGGAUGGUGAAACCAAAAAAGCAGCCAAAGAAAAGGCGGAUGCAAUAUACAAUAUGGUAGGCUACCCAAAGUUCAUCAUGGAUCCCAAGGAGCUAGACAAAGUGUUCUAUGAAUUUGAAGUUGUGCCAGACUUAUACUUCCAGAAUGUCAUGCAAUACUACAACUUUUCUGGCCGGGUAACUGCUGACCAGCUGAGAAAAGCCCCAAACAGAGAUCAAUGGAGUAUGACCCCACCUACAGUGAAUGCCUAUUACAACCCCACCAAGAAUGAGAUUGUACUUCCUGCUGGUAUCCUCCAAGCCCCAUUCUACAGUCAUUCCUGGCCAAAAGCCCUGACAUUUGGUGGCAUUGGUGUUGUUAUGGGUCAUGAGCUGACUCAUGCAUUUGAUGAUCAAGGAAGAGAAUAUGAUAAGGAUGGUAACUUGCGCUCCUGGUGGAAGAAUGAGUCAGUGAGUGCAUUUAAGCAGCAGACCCAGUGCUUGGUGGAACAAUACAACAACUACAGCAUCAACAAGGAAGCCCUGAAUGGCAAACACACUCUUGGUGAGAACAUUGCUGACAAUGGUGGCCUCAAAGCAGCUUACAAGGCAUAUGUGAACUGGAUCCAGAAAAAUGGGGAGGAGGCUACACUGCCCGCUCUGGGAAUGACAAAUCAUCAGCUAUUCUUUGUUAGUUUUGCCCAGGUGUGGUGCUCAGUGCGGACCCCUGAGAGCUCUCACGAGGGUGUGAUCACUGACCCCCACAGCCCAUCACGCUUCAGAGUCAUUGGCACCAUCUCCAACUCCCAUGAGUUCUCCAAACACUUUGGUUGUAAGGAGGAUUCGCCAAUGAACCCUAAGCAGAAGUGUGAACUCUGGUGACCACAUUAACACAGUUUGAUGAAUCCCAGAAACCCGUGCUUUGCUCUUGCACAAAACCCAGUGGACUUGUAUUUAAAUAUGUUUUAAUAUAGGGAUCGUUUUUAUUCUCAUCAGGACUCAAGAAAAUAACUUACACUGGUUUUGUAAAUACAAGGGUCUUUUUUAAGGGGGAAAUCAUUUUUGUUCAUCUUGUUACAAUGUUAUAUAUUUCAUAGAUUGUUCACUGAAUCUUGUGUCAUACAAUGUUAUCGAAUGUAGUUUAUGACUGGGAACAGAGGUGUCAACUUAUUUUACAGGCCACAGAACAAUAAGUUGGGAUGGACAAGAAAAAUAUUCAACAGAUUGCAGUUACCACGUAAACAAAUUCAAAUUAUUAACAUUAUUCCAAAUCCGUCCCUCCACACACAUGCACCCCUGUAUAGAAUGUUUGUUUGGAACCUAGCCUAGAUAUAGCUUACUUUAAAAAAAUCGAAAGUAAGCAUGGCAUUUCAUUAGCACAUUUUCUCAUCAGAUUACUUUAUUAUUCUAUUUCACCCCUAGUGGAAAAACAGUGACAGUAAUUGUAGUAGAGAAAGACAGAUUAGGUGGCCCACCUUAAAUAGACUGACCAUUUAUUUUCAGUAAAGUUACAGUGGUGAUGUUAAAACCAGCAUACAGUAUAAUGGGGAAAUAAUCUGGAAACAGAUAAACAAUUUCUAUAUUUAUUUCAAACAAAAUGAUUCUUUUACAUUUUAAUGUGACUUUGGGUUGGAGAUCUUCCAUUUUACAGCCUUGGCUUAACCGUUGCAGAUUUGUUACCCAAAACCGAUCAUUUCUUUCUGGAAAAAUCUCUAAUCAUCAUUAAAAAAAACAAUUAAUAUACAAGCAAUAGUAAAAUAAAUCAAAAUGCCAAUGAAUAAAAAAUAGAGCCUUGGCCCAAAACAUUGCAAAUCUAAGGAAUGCCAUUAGCCAGAUGAAAUAAUUAUAAAAUAUAUAAAAAUAAAAAAUAGUCUCUCAAAUGGGUUGUGAUUUAGAUUAAGACCCCACUGGGUCAAGGGGAAAAACCCCAAAAUUAUUUACUAGUGUCCAGAUCCAGUCAUCCAGAUACUAGAUCUUUAUCUCCCAGUUUUUUUUCUCCAUUUUUGUUCUGGAAGUUUGAUGUAUGUAUUGUGCAAUAUUUAAAACCUGUAUGUGGUAAAGACAUUCUCCCAAAUGCUGUGAAUGUACAGUCAUGGCCAAAAGUUUAGGCAGUGAUGUAAAUUUUAUGUUUUGCAAAGUUUGCGCCUUCAGUAUACAAAGAUUAUUUUUCCACAUGUUUCUAUAGUAUACUGGAAAACAGUGAUAAGCACUUCAUCUGUUUUAAAGGCUUUUAUUGGCAAAAACAUUUAAUAUAUGCAAACGGUCAAUGUUUACAGUGUUGACCCUUGUUCUUCAUAACAUUUGCAAUUCACUCUCGGGAUGCUGGAUAUUAACUUCUGGGCCAAAUCCUGACUAAUGGCGAGCCAUUCGUGCCUUAUUCUGCUUGUCCACUCGGCUUUUGAGGAUUGACCACAGGUUCUCUAUGAGAUUGAGAUCCAGGGAGUUGCCUAGCCACAGUCUCAAAAUUUCAGUGUAAUGAUCUUUGAGCCACUUCAUUAUCACUCUUGUGCUCCAUCAUACUGGAAAAUGCACGGAUCAGAACCAAAUUGCUCCUGGAUCGUUGGGAGAAGUUGCUUUUGCUGGAUGUUUUGAACACAUUCUUUAUUCAUGGCAGUAUUUUUGGGUAGAAAUGUAAGUUAUCCCAGUCUUUUUGGUUGAAAAGCAACCCCACACAUGGAUGAUCUCAGGAUGCUUCACUGUUGUCAUGACACAGGACUCAUGGUAGCCUUCACAUUUUGUUCUCUGGACAAUCGAUUUUCCAGAUGUUCCAAACAGUCGGAAAGGAACUUCAUCAAAGAAAAUAACUGCACCAGUUUUCUGCUGUCCAAUACUUGUAUUUUCUGUGGAAAAUUAGUCUGUUCUUGACAUUUUUCUGGGAGAGAAGUGGCUUCUUUGCUGCCCCAUGCCAUUGUCCAAAAGAUUUCACCUGACUAGUACUUAAUGACACUUUCAUUAGCUGGUUUUAGCUGGUUAUUUUAUGCCAGGGCCAAAACCAGUAAAAUCUUUUUUUUUUUUUUUUUGAAAAAUUCAUUUUUUAGACCAAUAAUGCUUUUUGGAGUUAUGUAAAAUGCAUCUGAUCACUCUGCACAAUAAUCUGGAAACAAUGUGAAUAAACACCACAACAAUCUUUGCAAAAGACAAAAUUUAUAUUACUGCCAACACUUUUGGCCAUGACCAUAAAUGGAAAUGUAUAGCCUGCUGUAGGAAGGUGUGUGUGUGUGUGUGUGUGUGUGUGUGUGUGUGUGUGUGUGUGUGUGUGUGUGUGUGUGUGUGUGUGUGUGUGUGUGUGUGUGUGUGUGUGUGUGUGUGUCUCUGUCUCUGUCUCUGUCUGUGUGUGUCUGUGUCUCUGUCUGUCUGUCUGUGUCUCUGUCUGUCUGUGUCUCUGUCUCUGUCUGUCUGUGUGUGUCUGUGUCUCUGUCUGUCUGUGUGUGUCUGUGUCUGUGUGGAUGAAUGAACAGAUCCAGAGCUUUGUUUGACAUGAUGGGAAAUAUUUGCUGCUUUCAAAACUGAGACUGCAAACAUGAUUGGUCCAUUAAAUAUGACCAGUUUUGAUUUGAUACAAAUGUCAAAUGUGAACACACAUUAUAAUGGAUUUUCUUACCUUAAUGCAAAAAUUGUGAUGCAAUAAAAUUUUAUCCAAAUAA